UAGCUAGUAGCUACCAUCACUAGGUGCAGCUACCAUCACUAGAAGCAGGCCACUGUUUUUGUGCGCAGUUUAAAAAGAAAACACUGUUUAUUAUCCAGAUGCGAUUCUGAAAAACCAUCCAAGCCGCUGACGAAGAAGCUGAAUCAACAACAUAACGCUUGCCAAAACAAAAACACGUGCAGGCACACGUUUACAUAUUUAUUUUCUUAACGAGCAGGUGAUUUCCAAAAAACAGCAGCAACAUGGGAAUGGUACAGAAGCGUAAGAAGAUGCACUAUGGGGACACCCAUUUGCAGAGGCGCUGGCGUGUGCGUAACCGUCGUCGUGAUCUCGACCAGAUCGACGACGAUCUACGCACUAGGAGCGGUGAGCUGAUCAACCAGAAUGUGGAUCUGGACAAGCCCGGAUUCGCGCAGUUCUAUUGCGUACACUGUGCCAAGUACUUCAUAGACGAUACGGCCAUGCAGGCCCAUUUCCGCACCAAGGUGCACAAGCGCCGGCUAAAGGCAUUGGAGACUGAGCCCUACAGCAUCGAGGAGUCGGAGCGUGCCGCCGGCAAAGGCAGCUUCCAGAAGGCCAAGAAGCGUGUCAUGGAAACGCAGCCAACCAAGGAGGAGGUCGUCGCCGGAAAACGUAUCAAGGUGGAGGAGGUAGCUGAGGAUGUGUCCGAAGAGCCGUCCACAUCGAAGGCGACACCUCGCCGGAAAAAGGCCGAAAAGAUGGAGACCUAGCUUUAGUUUAGUUUACAAUUCACAAUUCGUAUAAAUAUAUUUCGCUUCUGUAUAUAUCUCCGUUCA